ACUACUGGGUGCCGUCUAUGACGUUCAUCCAGCCACAAUUGAAGGUGGUCCUAGAAGUCCAGAACUUCGAACCUGAGCCCGGACAUCUUCUGCCCGCCAUCGAACUUGUCGGCGCGAGCAAGGACUACGAUGGCGUGGUGGCCGUGCAUGACGUGAACAUGCGCAUAUACGAUACCCAGAUCACCGUGCUCCUUGGCCAUAAUGGCGCGGGCAAGACAACUUUACUCAACAUGAUCACAGGUUUUCUGGACUGUACGUCCGGCCUCAUUCUUAUCGGCAACUACGACAUCAAGAACUGCACUAGGGACGCGCGCGAGAGCAUCGGCUACUGUGCCCAACACAACAUCCUCAUCGAGGACCUCACGGUCGAGGAGCAUCUAGUCUUCUUCGCAAUUUUGAAGGGGAUACCACUGAAAAGCGUUCGCUACGAGGUGGUCACCCUGCUCCACUGA